AUGGAGGGAUUUCAAUCACCGUAUUCGAUGCCACAAGCCAAUUCGAAAACCAAAUUCGACGAGAAAAUUGAUUACUCAAACCUCCCUUGCCCUGUUCCCUAUGAAGAACUCUACCGUGAAGCCACCAUGGCUUUAAAGCCAGAAUUAUUUGAGGGCUUUCGCUUCGACUAUACCAAGAUGUUGAAUCAGAAGUUUGGUAUCAGUCAUAGUGUAUCAAUGGGACCAACUGAGAUUCCACCUGAACUAUUCAAAUCUCCAUCGUCUGAAAUCAUCAAAAUUCCAACUGCUAAUUAUGAUUUUUGUACUCAUUACGUUGAUCCAAAGUUGUUGCUAGUCGGAAGGGUUACGACCGAUGGUAGACUAAACGCGAGGUUAAAGUACGAUUUUACUGACAAUUUGUCUAUAAAGAGUAAUGCUCAGGGGUCAGACUACAGAACGCAGCUUCAACUUGGAACCGGCUCGCUCGUUAUAGCUAACUAUAUCCAACAUGUUACACCUAAACUAUCCUUGGGUGGUGAGGUUUUCUGGGCUGGUGAGCAGAUGAAGUCUGGUGUUGGUUUAGGAGCUCGAUACGAAAAUGAUAAAAUGGUUGCCACUGGACAAAUUGCUUCCUCUGGUGUGGCUAUGAUGAACUAUGUUCAUAAGGUUUCAGAGAAGGUCUCAUUUGCAGCAGAUUUCAUGUACAAUCAUGCCUUUAAAGAUGUAACAGCUAGUGUUGGAUAUGACUACAUUCUUAGACAGUGUCGGAUAAGAGGAAAGAUUGAUUCUAAUGGUGUUGUUGCUGCUCAUCUCGAAGAACGAUUGACUCCUGCACUCGGUAUUCUUAUAUCCGCAGAGGUGGAUCAUAGGAAGAAGGAUUACAAGUUUGGAAUUGGUCUUAGUCUCAAUCCAUAG